AUGUCCGACUAUAGAGUUCAGCAGCAGUAUCUAAAUGACGCAAAGCCACGAUAUCAAGAACGAUGCUCGCAACUCGCAGGCAAGUAUCCGAAUCUACGAAAUGAGGACUACAAGCGAUGGUACCCCUAUCCCAACCCCGAGUCACGCAGGGUUGCUUGCUUUCAAUUCUUGCCGGACGGAACAGUCCAGGACGAUCGCUUCAAUGAUACGGACAGCUUGAUGGCCUUUCUGGCUGUCGAGCCGAGUCCGUCUACUCGGAGGCUGUUCAUCUUGGAAAGUUUCAACGACAAGAUCCGGGAUUUGGUCAGCCUCAAGCUAGACAUUGAUCCUCAAGUCUUCCAUCGUCAUACGCGAAUCGCUAUAUGGGAGUCAGCGCGAACAAAUGCCGGUAAUACGCCACUCUUACCAAGCUUGAUCGACUCCACUCGUUCGUGGGCUAUGCUAUACAGUCAAUUGAUGCAACUCAACCUCGAGAAGCAAGAAUUCACCCUUCGAUGUUUUGGCAGUGAGCGGCACAUUGCAUCAUCAAGGUACGAUGGGAAGCUUGACGGUAUAGGGUCUGUCAGUCGCAAGAUUUCGUUCUCGGGUACAUGUAGAGGCCAGGAUGGAUGGGAUGGUGCUCUAUUCGGAACACACGAGAAGCCUGAAGUGGCUAGGGCGAUCAAGGCACCACAACCAUGGCAGGGCGGCUACAACGACUUUAUCAAAUACAGUACGGUCCAAGAGGCUGUCGACGCCGAAACACCGCCAAGGACUUCCACUUUCGACGAUCUGUGCUUUUAUCACACGCAUCAUUGCAAACACCUCCAGCUAGAUUCAGAUCCAAAGUCCGCCACUACGUUUGCUCAGAAGCUUGUGGCCUCGGAAUACAUGCUGUUGAUUGAGUACAACAGGUUCCUCCUUUACCACAUCGGCUGGAAACUGUCCCGGCGGAACAAUUUCGAAAUUUUCAACAGCGUAUGGGUGGAACAGACGUGGAGCGACUUGAACUCCUUCCAUCAACGAAUUCAGACCCAUCAUCAAAACAUCGUCAUGGCGACCGCCGAUCUAGAGCUGAAGAAGAGUACCACCCAGGGCUGGAUGAGCACCACCGAAGACUUUGCGCACAUUGAGGAACAGUUUCUAUCACUGCGUCAAAAGGCCGAAAGCCUACUCGAUUCAUUCACUGGUCUUGCCGGCAUAGUUGGGAACCAUCAAUCCCUCGACGAAGCCCGAAGCGUUGGCCUCCUCACCAUCCUGGGCAUGGCUUUCGUGCCACUGUCGCUCGUUGCCAGCCUCUUCAGCAUGGCUGAUGAGUACAGACCAGGCGCAGGAGACUUCUGGGUCUACUUUGCCGUCUCGGUCCCCUUCGUCGCACUCAUUUUUGCAAUGGUCUUCUUGUUCAUGUAUUGGAGAAGAUUGCGCCGACGGCUAAAGUGGAUAACUGAAUAG